AUGGUUCUGCUCCCGCUGAGGCUGACUGAGCCUGGGUCUUUGCGCUCCUCUGAUCUGCCACCUGGAUCACCCCAUGCGCUUACACCCCUGGCAGCCCCGGGGAGCUCUGAUUACCUGGAAUCCUCUGCUGCCUCCCAGAUGUUGGUCUGGUCUCAGGAACUGGCCAAGAAAUUGAUUCCAUUGCUGGACAUGGAUUCAGCUCAAGACCUUCCCCCAGAACUGGAUCAGUUUGCUGUUCUGCAUCAGGAUCUGCAUGACAAGCUGGCUCGAAUUCUCAAUCAUAAUCCUCUCACUACUGUUGAAGACUCACAUCUUUUUAAAUUGCCAGCAUUAAAAUAUCUAGACAUGGGAGCAAGACAAGUGUCCCUUACAAUAAUUGAGAACGCCCUCCUGAUGACUCUUGAAUUGGAAAAACUGAUCUUAACUAGCCAUAUGGCCUGCUGCCUCUGCCAAUUUAAAAAUAUUGAGGUUGUCUGCAAGACAGUCAAGCUGCAUUGUGACAGUACAUGUCUGACAAACCCCACAUAUUGUCCUGAAGAGGCAUCUAUAAGAAAUCCUGAAGGAGCUUUCAUGAAAGUAUUAAAAUCUUGGAAGAAGAACACAAGCACUGAGCUGAUGAUUAAGCCAGAGAAGGCACCCUCAGACAAAACUGGCAUGAACUGGUCAGAUACGAAUGGUGAUAAAUUUGAAUUUCAGCUAAACCAGCAGCUAAGAUCCCUCUUCUCCAACAAUGACAUGAGAAGGCUCAUUUCUCAUGUUAUCCAGACUUUGGAAAUGGAUGGCUCUGAGUCCCAUGUACAAACAGUUUGUGCCAAGCUCAUCUUCAGAAAAGGCCUCCUGAUGAAGCUUCUCAGUGAGCAGCAGCAGGAAGCAAAGUCGUCCAAGGCAGAAUGGGAUCCGGACCAAUGGAAAACUGAGAACAACAUCAAUGAGAGCCCAGAAGCCCAGGGUGAACAGAAAGACCAGGAGUCACAUGAGAUUUAUUCUCAUAAAUCAGCAUCAGAGGAUGUUAAAGAACGAUCCCCAAGGUGCUUUUUGGAUUUCUGCUGUGGAGAUGCUCACAUCAAAAUCUCUCACAGGGUGAUCCAGGAAGCCCGAACAAAGGAUGCCAUGUACAUAGAUAUACCUGACGAGGGAGAGGAAAGUGAGGUGCCCAACGGGAACUCAGAGUGACCCCGCAUCCUGCC